AGUAAAGAUGGCGGCGGGCUCCGAUUUACUGGAUGAUGUUUUCUUCAACACAGAGGUGGACGAGAAAGUAGUUAGUGAUCUAGUUGGGUCUUUGGAGUCUGAGCUCACGGGAUCGGGUCGUGGAAAGUCUUCAGUCAGGGUCCAGGCUGCAGCAAAUAACAUUGACAACUCAGCUGUAGGUCGCAAUUCCAAUGUCCAGGACAGCGAAAUGGGACUUUCACAAGAGCUUGCUAAACCAGGGACUGGCGUGCCAGGGGGUGUCAUUAAUAGUAGGAUGUCCCAGGGUUCAACCAUGUAUGCUGCGGUCGGGACAACGGCGGCGGGCUCGAGCAUGACAGCCGGGCACAGUCCGAGCAAGACUGGGGCAGUCAGUGGUGUGAUAACGGGGGUUCCCGAUCACGGAGCUGGGAUCAGAAAAACUGGGGCGGCUGGUGUACAAACUUUAAAUGGAAGGAGCGUUGUGAUAAACUCUCAUAAUUCAGGAAGUGUUGCCGCUUUGGUGAGCUCGGCAAGCAGCACAGUGCCCGCCGUCGCGGUUGUCAACAACGGACCGAGCUCCGUGGUCAAAGGAAACGUAAUCAUACCCUCAACUUCCAGCACAGUCAUUCAAACACCUCUUAUGCACAAUGCUGUCACUUCAACUGUGAUAUCGUCUCAGCUGUCUGUUCUAAACAGUGUGCCCACUGUCACGCUCGUGAGGCCGCCUAUGCAAACCCCCGGAACAGUCACAUCGCAGAGCGUGAGUAAUAAUACGGUUCUGAUACGAUCUGUCAACGUUGCCCACCCUGCAAGUUCAGAAGUGCAAAUCAACAAAUUGGAGUCGCCUAAAACGACCAUACAAACGACUUCACAAGUGACCGCCCCCAGUGUUGUAGGUAAAAGCCUGGUUUUACAAAAUGUGAGGACCUCCAUCCCAUCGACUAUUGCAGCCUGUCCUGGUGGGAUAAAGGCGAUCGCGCCACAGGUGUUCUCCCCGAGACUUCCACAACCCCAACAAAAUACUUCAAACAUCCAGAACAUUCAGCUCCCUCCAGGCAUGGUGCUGGUACGCAGUGAGAGUGGGCAGCUUCUGAUGAUCCACCAGCAGACUCUGGCCCAGAUGCAAUCCCAGUCCCAGAGCGCCAUGACCCCACGGGCAGCCACCCCCACCAGCACUCCCCCUGUCCAGAUCACUUCUGUACAGGCUCCAGGGACGCCCAUGAUGUCCCGUCAGAUGACCAACACCAUCACUAAGCAGGGCUCCCCGGCCCAGACCACCGUCCAGGCCACCACCACCCUCCAGAGGCCUCCUGUACUACAACAGAACACCAUUAUGCUGGGUGGAGCGGCCGCCACCUCAGGUCAGACUCCAGUGCAGCCUUGCUCGGCAGCAGUCACCCAGAGAGCAGGGACCCCUGGGACACCAGGCGCCCCCACGGUCGUUUCUACCACGGAGAUCCUGGAGAACGUGAAGAAGUGUAAGAACUUCUUGUCCACGCUGAUCAAACUGGCAUCCAGCGGGAAGCAGUCGUCUGAGACCACAGCCAACGUCAAGGAGUUAGUCAAGAGCCUGCUGGAGGGUAAGAUCGAAGCGGAGGACUUCACCAGUCAGUUAUACCGGGAGCUCAACUCCUCUCCUCAGCCAUAUCUCGUGCCUUUCCUCAAGAGGAGUCUUCCUGCACUGCGUCAAAUGACCCCAGACUCGGCAGCCUUCAUCCAGCAGAGCCAGCUGCUUCACGCUGGCGCCCAGCCUGCCGCCCAGCCUGCCGCCUCCUCCAAGGCCUUGACUGCUGUGGUGCUGGGGGGCACGUCCACGGCACAAUCGCGUCUCAACAGUACCAGCCCUGGGACCAAGGGGACCAUGCACCAGUCUCCUGUCAGCAGCCUGGCCCAGACACCUCAUAGCAAGCCUGGCCUGAUGGUGCCUCAGCAGCAGGGGGCAAUGGGGAGGCCUCAGGUGUCUCUGGCCCAGUCACCCAUGGUUACGCUCCGAGGCCAGCCCCACAGUCACAUCAUCAUGGGGCAGCCGCAGGUGGUCAGACAGCUGCAGACAGUUCCUGUAGUGAAGCAGGCUCUAGCACCAGGGGCCAAGGUAACACUUGGGCCCCAGUCUAUGCUCUCUGUAGUACUGAAGAACAGGCAGAAGGAGGCAGGCGGAGGAACCUUCAAGGAUGAUGAUGAUAUAAAUGACGUGGCCUCUAUGGCUGGAGUCAACCUAUCAGAGGAGAGUGCCCGCAUUCUGGCAACCAACUCUGAGCUGGUCGGCAUGGUGACUCGCUCCUGUAAAGACGAGGCCUUCCUCUACACCUCCUCACUAACCCAGAGAGUACAUGAGAUAGGCAGGAGGUUAGGGGUGACUGACCUGGGGCCGGAGGUGAUCAACUACGUUUCCCAUGCUACACAGCAUCGGCUGCAGAACCUGCUGGAGAAAGUGACGGUGGUGGCACAGCAGAAAAGCAUCACCUUCAAGGAGGAUGAUAAGUGUGAACAGGUGAGUGACGUGCGUGCGCAGCUGAAGUUCUUUGAGCAGCUGGAUCAGAUGGAGAAACAGAGGAAGGAGGAGCAGGAGAGAGAGAUCCUGAUGAAGGCAGCUAAGUCUCGAUCACGACAAGAGGACCCAGAACAGCUUCGGCUUAAACAGAAGGCUAAAGAGAUGCAGCAGCAGGAACUGAAUCAGAUCAGGCAGAAGGAGGCCAACAUGACGGCCCUGGCAGCCAUCGGCCCCAGGAAGAAAAGGAAAAUGAACUCCCCUGUCAGCGGAACCGGGGCUGAGGACUUGUGCUCUGGUCCCUCUCCAUCAGGUGGGUACAGUAGCGGAGGCUCCAGGCCUCAGCGCCAGCGCAUCACCCGGGUCAACCUCAGGGACCUGCUCUUCUGUCUGGAAAAUGAGAGGGAGACCAGCCGCUCACACCUGCUCUUUAAAGGCUUCCUCAAAUAACACACAGGGAGACCGGACAUGCCCAAUAACGCUUUCCUAAGGGACAAGUAAUUAAUGAGACUAACCAAGUCACUCUGAUGCACUUGAUGCUUCCUCCUAUAGCAGACAGAGACCAGCCACUCCCUAUAGCACCUCCCUAACAGACAGAGACCAGCCACUCCCUAUAGCACCUCCCUAACAGACAGAGAGCAGCCACUCCCUAUAGCACCUCCCUAACAGACAGAGACCAGCCACUCCCUAUAGCACCUCCCUAACAGACAGAGACCAGCCACUCCCUAUAGCACCUCCCUAACAGACAGAGACCAGCCACUCCCUAUAGCACCUCCCUAACAGACAGAGACCAGCCACUCCCUAUAGCACCUCCCUAACAGACAGAGGCCAGCCACUCCCUAUAGCACCUCCCCUAGAGACAAGAGCAACCAAUAGCACCUCCCUCAAAGGGCAAGAUAGACCAGCUACACUUGAUGGUACCGUCUCUUCUUCUGUGCUCUCCUAGAAUCAUGACCUCUUAGACUAGAGGAGAGACCAGUGACACCUGGAAAAUGAAUCAUCAGCUGAGCCCUACACUCCCUUCUCAAGAGAGACCAGGCUGUUGCAGCUGUGAAACAAUGAAUUGUUGGGACUGACCUAUCAGACUAGCUCUUCUGGCCUCUCCUUAACAGUGCCUCUCACGGUUAUGUAGAGACCAUAGAGAUGGAUAGAGGACUCAUCUUUGUAUCUGUGCCAUUAUAGCGUCUUACAGCAUGGGCAGCUCCAUUGACGCAAUCUCCAUUUUGAAGUAUUACAUUUUCUUUGCGAUUGCCUGAUCCCUCCUGAUGACCCUGUUGGACAUGACUUCAACAAGGUCUCCAGGAAGGAUCUGCCAAUAAAGUUGGAAGUCCCACCUAGUUGACCACAUUAAAAUGGUGGCUGCCCCCAAUGGCGCUGCCUAUGCUAAUACGGCCUUUUGGCCACUAGAGGCCUCAAUCAUUCUCCAUGUUAGAGACCUGCUACUGGCAACCAGGUCCCCUCCCAUACACUCCCCUGGAGGGGAAAUGCUCUUAUUUGUGAGGUCUCCUUUAGGUCUGGAAACAUCCUCAUGUUUUGCAGUAGGGACAUGUAUUAGCUUUUCCAUCCUUUAACCUCAUGCAAUAUAUGAUUAGACUUUUUUUAGAAAGAUCCCCAGCUAGGGGACUUUUAACACGUUUAACCAACAAAUGUACAAACCUGCAGGAGUAACGUCAAAUACCUGACGAUACAGAAACUCAAUGCAUUUUGUUGAGUAGACGUUUUAUUUUUCCUAUUUUGUAGUCAUUCAUUCUAGUGCUCUUUUACUGCCUGUGGAUUAUUUUAAUUUGACUGAUAUUACUCUUCCAUCAAGCUGCCUUGCAGCCAAAAUAAGCCAUAUUAAUCAUACAUCUCUAACUCUCCAGACCUCUGAUGACAGAACAGGAGCACUCCUCAAUCAUUCAAGUUUUUAGACUUGUUUGAUUUCUGCUUUAGCAUCUCUUCCCAGGUGCAUUGUUUUUAAUCACUUAUAAUGAUUAUUUAUUUUGUCAACAUGUCUGUUGAUAACAUUUUGUACAUGUAUAUGCAUACAUGAAAGCACACACACACACAUCCUAUGGAAGCAGUCAGUAAAUUGUAGGUUUUUAUCAGUA